AUGCCUCCCCUACCAGAAAUUUCGGAAACAACAUAUCGGUUUGACAACCUUUCACAAGAACCUUACAGAGAACGAGCCUUUCGGUUAUUCAUCCUCCAUCCGGGCUCUCUGGACAGCGAACUCGAGGGCGAAAUCGUAACAUGCCGACUGAAAGCACCAAAUACAAGCUCUGUGGUCAUCGAGGCUUCAGAUCCUGGCGACUAUGAAGCGCUUUCCUAUCAUUGGGGUACAGUCACCGAUCACGAUCCUGUGGUCAACAUACACAAUGCCAAAGUCCGCAUCACCAACAAUUUGGACUCUGCCUUGAGAGCGCUGCGUCAUCGCAGAUACAACAAGCGGAAACUAUGGAUUGACGCCUUGUGUAUUGAUCAGAAGAAUCAAGAGGAGAAAAGCCUGCAGAUCUCACACAUGUCCAUCAUCUUCAACUCAGCAACUGCAGUUCGUGUCUGGCUAGGCCCCAAUGACGCAGACUCCGAGCUUGCAUUUGAUUUCGUGCGAAGAUGUCUGGCGAGCGACGUCUUCGACAGAGCCAUGCGUGAUCCGCAUGUAUCCAAGGACAUCAAAGCUUUGGUAUCACUCAUGAAGAGACCUUGGUUCAGUCGAAGGUGGAUCGUCCAAGAGAUUGCUGUUGCCAGAAAAGCGACACUACACUGCGGCAGCCAUGAACUAGAGUGGCACGAAUUCGCAGAUGUUAUUUCGCAGUUAUCGACCACGACAAGAUUGUACGAGAUGAAGGCACUUUUCAAAAAGUCGCCGGAAUUUCACAAUCAUGCGGAUUAUCUGGGCGAUAUCUCUGAACUGGGAGCAAUCCGCUUGGUCGAGUUGACGGAUGACCUGUUUCAUAAAACCGAGGACAACAAGAUUCGUGACAAGAACUUUUCGCUCGAGGCGUUGAUGUCCACAAUGUCUGCAUUCGAAGCUUCAGUCGCUCACGAUAUCGUCUAUGCGAUCUUGUGGUUGUCAAAUGAUGCAGUUGGGGUUGCAGGACUCCGAAGAGAUCAGAGCUCACCUGCCUCACCCGUAAUGACGGCUCAUGAGAUAUCUGAUCAGCCUUCCGUCGAUGCCCAGCUCAAAAGGUCACUGACUGAAGGUAAUCAGAACGGCAAUCAGAAUGGCGACAACAUAUCUAAGAGAAGGAAAGGCGAAGACAUCCCAUCGAUCCAGAUCAGCGGGGUCGGCGCAAAAAUCUCCAAUGUGCACACAGAAGGUGCGGACCAACACCAUGUUCCUCGAGACAAUGCACAAACGAUGACGAUCAUCCAAGAUGCUACUUAUUGCGCUUCACCGCCAAUUGAUGGAAGCUCCGCAACAUCACCCUUUCCCGACCUUCCCACCAACGGAGUGAGCAAUACCUUACAACCAAUCAACGCAGCCGCCGCCCUAAUGGCCUUUGGCCGCAGAAGAAGCCUCUCAGACGCCAAAAAUCCAACCGAAAAACGCCAAAUGGUCUUCGCCCAACUCCGCAACAAAUUCGAGCAACGCAGAAUCUACCUCGACUACAGCAAAUCCAUCUUCGAAGUCUGCCGCGAGGUUCUUGAAUUCGCAAUGUCGAGACCGGAAGCCACGUUGGACAUCUUGUGUCGACCUUGGGCUCCCGAUGAUCCUCACGAUAAGGCGUUUCCCUCUUGGAUCCCUAGGCUGAGCAAUAGGAUUGCAUUCAAACCCAAUCGAAGGGGUAAAUAUCAACGUGUCAAUGCAAACCCACUGUUGGGUAAAUUCGACUUUAGUGGGCCACUGUAUAGGGCUUCUCACAACCUGACCGUGUUCAUGAAGUGCCAGUUCCCCCGCGGUGAUCCUCUAAGAGAAAGAAGUCUCCUGAUCAACGGUCUCAUCCUCCACAUCAUCCAGCCUUCCGAACUCAAGUCCAACGCAACCUCAGGAACCAUACCGGCAGAUUGGCGUCAAGCGGCACAAUGGCAAGAAACACCUCCUCCCUCAUCAGACCAAAACCCCCCUCCCGAUCCCUUCUGGCGCACCUUGGUCGGAAACAGAAAUACGCAUGGCAGAAAGCCACCACUGUACUGGCGCAGAGCAUGCUCCGAAGCCUUCCAAGAAGCCCCCACCGACGACGAUCUGGAAACUUCCUUGGUGCUGUCAGGAAACCCGGCCUCUUCGGUCCGCGAAUUUCUCCAUCGUGUGCAAGAGGUUGUUUGGAACAGACGGCUGGCGAGGAUAACACUCCAACACACGAAUACGACGACGUUGUGCUUGGUGCCCAAGAACACGCAAUCGGGGGAUUUGGUGUGUUUGUUGUAUGGGUGCAAUGUACCCGUUGUGUUGCAUUCGCAGCAGAGAAAAGAUAGGGGUGAGGGGGUGAGAUUGUAUGGGAUGGUGGGGGAGUGCUAUGUGCAUGGUAUGAUGGAUGGGGAGUUGAAUAGUUAUAGGAAGACCAUGCCGAAACCUAUGUUGCAGCAGGCGGAGAUGAUGUUCGAACUUGUAUGA